AUGAGCUCCUCAACCGUGGUCUCGACGGCUACGCCGAGGCCCUCUCACCCCUUUGACCGCCGCGUCGAGGAGAUCAAGCCCUCGAAAUCAGACAUCAAUCAUGUCAUCAUGGACUACCUUGUCAGCGAGGGCUAUCCGAUGGCGGCGAAGCGAUUCGCGCUCGAGGCCAACAUUCCGCACAGCGCCGAGCCACAGUCGAUACAAGAGCGCGUUGACAUCAGGAAUGCCAUUCAUGCGGGGAACAUCGAGUCGGCUAUCCACCAGAUCAACGAUCUCAACCCUCAGAUUCUCGACCAUGAUCCAGCAUUGCACUUUGCGCUCUUGCGCCUGCAACUGAUCGAGCUCAUUCGGAAGUGCAUGUCAAGCCCGAACGCUGACAUCACCCCGGCACUCACGUUCGCAACGUCGGAGUUGGCACCGCGUGCUCCAACCAACACGGAGUUUCUCGAAGACCUUGAGCGUACCAUGGCGCUCCUAAUCUUCCCGCCCGAGAACCUGGCGCCACCGCUCGCGCAGCUGCUCGACCCCUCGCUUCGUCAAACCGUCGCAACAAGGGUCAAUGAAGCCAUCCUGUCCAGUCAAGGUGCCAAUCGUGAGGCUCGCAUCAAACAGCUCGUCAGGCUACGUGCGUGGUCGGAACAGAAGGCCAAGGAGGCGCGCAAGCAUAUUCCAGCGAACUUGAGCUUGGGACUGGACUCCGAGAAGACAUCAACCGACGAUGACGAUGACGAAGUAAUGAACAAUGGCAAUGGGGAAGCCGACGCGAUGAGGGACUGA